AUGUCGCUUGACAGAGAAGUAUUAGCUUUACGACAGGAAGUGGAGAACAUUCAACUUCAGAAUGCCUCGCUUCGAGAACAUCUUGAACGCGCUCAUAAAGAAAACAUAUCUUUGGCUGAUGACAACAAUUUUCUUCGCAAAAAGAAUUCUUCCCUUCAGCAAGAAAUCACCAGCGAUCGAAAUGAAUACACUCGAAUCGAGACCGAGUUUUAUAAUCAAGAGCAGGAGAUAGAAAGGCUGAAGAAAGAAAAUAUCGGUUUCCUGAAAAAUAAGCGCGAGGCCGAAAGAAAAUUAAGGGAAGAGAUACAAGCAUUUGAGAAUGACAAGAUUUUAUGGCAGGAGCGGGAAUCAGAAUUAAAUGACCGCAUCAAAGCACUUCAAAUGACUGUUAAUGCCCUUGAUCAACAAAACGAACAAGCCGCUCAAAAGAAAAGUGAUGAUAAUUCUACGUCGGCGGCUUCUGCUACAAAUGGUUCUCAUUAUAACGCCGUUCGCGAGGCCAAAAAUGCCCAGCGAACAAUAAAAGAGCUUGAAAGGCGCCUUAAUGAAUUGACCGCUGAGAUUGAAAAUGCCAAGCAGGCAACUACCGAAUCCAUGAAUCUAAACAAGAGUCAUGUUCGCAGAAUUCAUUCACUAGAGACUGAGCUAUCCCAGGUGAAAAACAUGAAUCAAUCGCUGAUGGAAGAGAAUGAGGGAUAUAGAUUUUUGUUGGGAGAAAAGACCAUGAAAGGUGAAUUUAUGUUGAUCCCCAUCAUGAAAAACAAUGAAAAGUCCGAAAGGAAAAUUGUGGACCCGCCCAUAAAGGUAACAAGCCGUACGAACAAGGGUGACGGUUCCCUUCUUGACGUCGACAUCUCGGCCAUUGUUAAGAAGAAACCGCUUAGUAAUGAUUUGGCCGCAGAAAUAAAUCGCGCUUCUACCCUCAGGGAAACUCUCUUGGGCGAACGUGUAUACAAAGAAAGCGAUCACACCGUGAUCGAAAUCUCGGCAGUUCACUACACGGAGUUGAUGGAUGAGAUCAAGUCACUCAAGGACGCUAAUAAAUCAAUGACCCUCUAUAUUCAAAAGAUUCUAAAUCGCAUCUUGGAGGCAAAAGGGUUUGAAGAAAUUUUGUCCACCGAUUGGUCCGCGAGGACCGCUUGUUCAAGUCCCACCUCUCCCACGGCGACUGAAUUCCCAUUCUCCGAUAAUUCGAGUUCCAAGAAAAUGGGACGCCGUAGGACGGUGUCCGGGUACAAUCCAUUCUCUGGACAUUUCCGAAGCAACUCUCAACCCGCCAGCGUCGCAGAAAGUAAGAUAAUAUCAGAGGAGCCAGAGCACCCAUCUGAUGAUAAGAAGGAAAGUGAAGACGACGAAAAUAAGGAUUCUCUUUCGGUCACCGAUGCAUCUAAAAGACCACCAGCUCAACGAAGAGCUUCGGUCUCCACCUCCAGGAAACGUCUCA